UUUAAAAAUUCAAAAAAAAACAAAAAAAAGGAAAAAUAAUAAUAAUUUCAAAAUAAAUAAAUUGCGAUAAUAUUUUCAAGUGAUUUUUGUAAGCCGUUUCGGAAGAUGAAAAAUGUGCAAUUAGAUUAAAAUCGAGAUUUACAUGAACGAAUGUUGAAGAGUAAAAAAAUAAAAUACAACAAAAUGCCAACAGUAACCUUCAGCAAACAAAUUUCCAUUGAUAAUAGCGAGAGCAUAGCAUUGCCUCCGAGAAAAUCCGCUUCAUUAGCUAAACUCUACCAAAAGCCGAUUUCACCGCUAACGACAACGAUUGUUCACUACACACCAAAUCCCUGUGAUAACUGCACAAACCAAAAUUUGGUUAUUAUGUCACAUCCUAUAUCGCCGUUGGUCAAAUCAUCAGAAGGUAGUAAUUUUGAAUUAGUCGAAACAUCAAACGCACGUCAAGCUCUCAUACCCAAUCCAACACCAAUGCAUCGCGAUAGUUCCGGCUUUUCGUUAGUAGUGCCAACCUUACAAGUUUCACGAAGACCAUCUGUCUUGCUGCAAGAAAUCUUAACUCGACCAUCAUUAUUAUAUGGUGGAGCUAAAAAAGAUCGUAGUCACUCAACAAAGUCUCCAUACAAUGCAGGUUCCCUCAAUGGCACCGCAACUGGUAGUACGGCAACAAUCAAUUUUCAAAAUGGUGGCACUGGAGGAAAUGACACGGGUCCUAAAGGUUAUAUGGCAAAACAAUCACUUAUCAAAAAUAGAAGACAGGGCAAUGAUGCACUUUCUGCAGCGCUAUCUGCCACUUAUUGCAAAUUACUAGUACUGCUUGGUUUCUGCUUCCCCAUAACCGAAGUGAUCUCAGAUCAAAUACCAAAUUACGUCUAUCAAGGCUUUUAUGUUUAUCUCUAUGCUGGUAGCAUCAUUUUCGUCAUAUUUCUUUAUAUAUCCGCUUUUCGAAAUCGCACAUUAUUUAAGGCACUGAAGAACUUUCAUGAAAGAAGUAGCAAUGUUCAUCUAAAACAUAAAGUAACACAUUUCGGAAGUUUCUACCUAAGAGUUGGCGCUAUUGCAUUCGCUAUUGGCACAAUGGUCUAUUCAGGCUUGGAGUUUGGACAAUUUUUUGAGUUAAAUGGCCAACCAGGCUGUCGAAAUAUAUUUGUAGCAAUCACUCCAAUCUGCCGUAUGGUGUUGUGUAUUGCACAAGUGCAGUUUAUCUUCCUUAAUACAACAUAUCUUGAUAUGGCACGUCACAAGGUGACUUCGCGUUUCGGUUUGAUGCAUAUGGUAGCAACGAAUCUGUGCGAAUGGCUUUAUGUUUUAGUUGAAGAAACAAAGCAUGAAAUUUUCCACAUCGGAUUGCAUGACGUGGAUCCGGCACAUGAUCCUGCCUUGACGAGUGGCUUCAAUGGUGGUGUUAAUUGGACUGCAAUUAAUGCCUCUCUACAUGUACCACAGCAUCAUGUUAAGGUUGGACCAGUUGUACCAGUAUCCGCACAUUUUAUAUCGAAUACAACGAAGUCAAUAAUAGCUAAUCAAACCAUUUUGUCACCUGGUCACUCGGCCAGCUGUACACGAACAAACAUUAUGGGCGCAUUAGUGCAAGAGGUUUCACCGUUCCUCUUUCCUUGCACCAUUGAGUAUUCACUUAUCUGUGCCGUUAUCUUGUAUGAAAUGUGGAAAACAGUCAAAUCUAUACCAGAUAUUGAUAAGACACGCAAGCACUCUAUUAAGCCUGCUGUACAGAAACCUGCACAUCAAUUCUCUGUAGAUUGCUCACAAUCACAUCGUGGUCUCUUUUUUGGAAUACUUGUGAUUGUAAUGACAAUUAUUUCAAUGAUAAUGUAUUUCGUUUUAUACACGCAGCCGGGAUACGAACUAAUUGCCACACAGGAAGUUACUCUGUGGGAAACAGUUAUGUAUUUGUUGUGUGGAAUAGCCGUAGUUUCAGGUUUGAUUGUGAUGCGUGAUUUAAAGUAUGUGAAUGUUUCUGGCGAAGAUCAUCAUUCCAUGGAAUUGGAUAAUCUGCUAUUAAUAGUAGCACAGACAGGUGUAUAUCUUUAUGGAAUGUUCAGCAUUAUGGGCAGUUACUUCUCAAAGUGGGACUCAGUGCCGGAUCGUAUUGAAGGUAUAAUUGCGGAAACAUUUGGCUUGGCACAAACAUCGCUGCAAACAAUGUUUAUCCUUCACGCUAGUCACCGGCGUUGUAAGGGCGCCAAGCAGCAACGCAAGAAGCCCGGCCGUGAAAUCAUCACAUUCUUACUAGUGGCAAACAUAGCAAUAUGGUUCAUAAAUACGCUGAUAAAGGGUCGUGCUGCUUUCCGCGAAACCAAUUUGAUAUUUUUUGGCGUCUGGGGUUGGACCAUCAUUACGCAUAUUGCAAUGCCAUUAGCUAUUUUCUACCGAUUUCAUUCGACAAUUUGCUUAUUUGAAGUAUGGAAAAUUUCAUACAAAGCCAAAGCACAUUGAUUUCGUUAAUAUUAUACAUUAUAUUUUAUUAAGUAAUGUUAAGUACUAAAUUAUUGCAUAGUUACG